GAAAAGUGAGAGCAGAUUAGAUUAAAUUGCAGAACAGAAAAUCUACAGUCAACAUAGAUCAUAUUAAAUACAUUCUUCAAGUCCAGUGGAUCCAACUCAUCUGCAAAAUGCAAGCUGUUGCUCAGUGUUCAGUGUGCACCAGCCGGGCUGCUGGAGGACUUCUGCGAAAACAGACCGACUUUCCACUGCUGCGGAACAACAAGAGUGCUCUCAGGAGAGGAGCAGCCUGCAUCCGUCUCCUAAGCAAUUCUGAGAGUGUGCUAUUGAGCAAAGGGGAGCCUGGAGUCCAGAAAUUAGGACAGAAACGGACAGAUACUGCACACAGAGGGCCUUUGAGUGUUGGACAUGGGCUUGCUUUUCCUUUUACACAGCAAAUUGAAAACCUCUCUUACGACUCCCUGAUCAUAAGAGCAGCCUCUGUGGUUACAGACAGUUCAAGUACUUUGCUCUCCCAGACCUCAUUGGCUCUCGUAAAUGCCCUUACAGAUUACUCAAAGGCUGUGCAAACACGCAUCAUUGUCCAAAGACGGUAUUUAGCUUCACUGGGAAAACUGACCCCAUCAGAGGAGGAUUUGUUUCUGGCGGCAAUCAAUGCCCAGCGUGCAGAGGCAACUGACAGGCUACAAGAAUGCAAACACUUUGAGACAAACUGGAUCAAUUCGGUCAAUUUGUGCAAAAUGGCAGCCGAGGCAGCACACUCUUCAGGAGCCGAUCAGGCCUCCAUCACAGUGAGGGCAAGCAUCCAGGUGGCCCAGUCCCAGGUGGGGGAGGCUCGGAAACUGGCUGCGACUGCAGAUAAGAAGUUGGCCGAAACUAAAGCAGAAGAGAUCCAAAGAAUGGCAGAAUAUGUUGCCUUUCUAGAUGGAGAGGAGCAUGAGGUGCAUGAGGCUUACCUACGAGAGGACUAA